GGUGCGGGGGGGAGUUUCUGUGCAGGUGUCCUUGUUCUGUCUUGACACCUCUGAGACAGGAGUCGACCGUAAGUAGCCUAAGACUGCCGAGGAGGAAUUUAGAAAGAUGAUAAAAUAAUAAAUGUCUGAUGUGCCAUGAAAUCCGAAAAGAGCAGCAACGGAGAGAUACGCUCGUCUGGAUGAGAGACCCCCGCUGGGUGAAGACACGCAGCGUAUGUUAGCUGAGCCGUGAAAGCUCGCUGCCUUCGACUGGGGCUGAGGCUGAAACAGGAGCAAAACGACGAGAAGCGAGCGCGGGGGAGCGAGCAUCCACCAGCGAAACAUCGCAUCACUGAUCAUCUCAAGAUGUGGGCUGCGAGAAGAAAAAGGCCUGCUCCGGAGGCGAAGGAAUUAAUCACUGAUCACGAUGGACGGAGAAUCAGUGUUCAUCAUCUCCAACGAGUCGUGGAUGACCCCGGACUGUUUUCGCGUGCUGUGGCUAUGUCACGUUAGAUGAAAUGCGUUUGGUAGCAGAUGCAUGUUGAAUUUUGCACCCGAUGAAAAACCCACCGAAUAAGGAACAAGACAGCAGCUUGUUGUUCGCACACACUCCCUGAAAAGCAAACUGGACCUGAGCAGGUUUUCUUUUCUCUGAUUCUCCUGAUCAAGAUCUGACUUUAUGUCAACACUCUGCUUGAUGUCAGAUGAACCAUGUCAUAUCCUCAUGAGGCUGGUGUGGGCACAAAUUCCACUGAUGUUCCUCCAGAGCUUGCUUUCACUGGCUCCACUCAGGACCUGGUCUGGUUCUCCACUGCCAACAGUGUGGCCAAGAUGGUGCUUAUAUCUCUGAUUGUGUGUGUGUCCCUGUUUGGAAACGUGGUCGUUCUGCUGGUGUUCCAGAGGAAGCCUCAGCUCCUUCACGUGGCCAACCGCUUUGUCCUCAACCUCCUCUUGGCAGACCUGCUGCAGACCAUAUUAGUCAUGCCCUUCGCCAUCGCAGCCACCGUGCCAGGUGUGUGGCCCCUGGAUGCUCGACUGUGCCAGGCUCUGGUGGUGCUAAUGCACCUUUUUGCGUUCGCUGGAGUUAACACCAUUAUAGUUGUCUCUGUGGAUCGCUACUUGGCCAUCAUCCAUCCUCUAUCCUAUCCCACCCGCAUGACACCUCACUUGGGCACCAACCUGAUCAUCUGCACCUGGGUGCUCAGCUUCCUGCAGAGCACACCUCCUCUUUUCGGCUGGGGGACCAUUGACUUUGACCGCCAUCACAAUGUCUGCUCAGUGGUGUGGUCCUCUAGCCUUUCUUACUCUGCUGUGGUGUCCACCUUUUCGUUCUGGCUGCCUGUGCUCAUCAUGCUUGGAUGUUACUGGAUGGUGUUCAGAGCAGCCCGGAGGCAGAACGCUCUUGUGCACCCCAUACAGAGACAGUCCUACUGCCAGCCCUGCCCGCAGGACUUCCAGGGGCCAAGCAGUCCACAACGACAGCCCCAGCCCCAGCCUCAGCCUCAGCCUCAGCCUCAGCCUCAGCCUCAACCUCAACCCCAGCCCCAGCCCCAGGCUUUGCCCCAGCAAGCCAGUUCACCUGAGGCCCCUUACUCAGCCAGACGAUACCCUGUUCGAGCUAGACACAGACGUUUCCACUACCAUUGCAAGGCAGCCCGUGUAGUUUUUGUGAUCAUGGCAUCAUAUAUCUUUAGCAUGGGUCCAUACAGCAUUCUGAACACUGUAUCUAUGAGCACCAGAGCAGCUGUACCCCCGUGGUUAUCCUCCCUCGCCCUCGUGCUUUUCUUUUUACAGUGCUGUCUACAUCCUUACAUUUAUGGCUACAUGCACCGUAGCGUGAGGAAAGAAUUCCUGGCUUUGCUUUGUGGGCUGUUCUGCAAGCAGGGCCGUCCCAACCAGAGCUCUGCUGUGGAGAGCUGCUUCACUACAACAGAGGGACGCUCAGGCGCUCACCCUCACCUGCCCAGCCUGGCUGCUCGAGUCUUCCCCCUGCAGACUUGGGAAGAGUGCACAACGUCCUCAUCUCCUACGUUUGACAGGAAGUCAAGGGACAGUCGCAAAGAGACCACCUCUACCAGUGUCAGCUCUGAGAGGGAGCUCACAGUCCACAGCAAGCAAGGCACAUGAACCGCCUCAAGCAUUCGAUGUCAGACCAUUUAUUCUCACUUGAAGUGAAGGCCGUGCAGGAUAAUUCUGUGCUUGUGUUAGGAACAGAGAUCAAAACAUGAGGGUCUUUGAUUUGCCACAAACCUGGUUAAAUGAUUCAUGUGGAGACAAAUAUGUCUUUGGAAAAAAAAAAGUGGUACAGUUACUGUUGCAUUGUGAAUGUAUCAUGGAUCCGGCUGUGGGAGAGGAACACAUACAUAUGUUAUACAUGUGGUCUUUUAUGUGUAAAUGCAGUUUUUACAAGUUGCCACAUGGGUCACACGUGUCUGACAGUAUGCAGCUGUUAUAGAGUUGUGUUUGAACAAACCAUAUAUUAGUAUUUUCAAUGUAUGCACUAUUUUCCUGACUACUGUUAUUUAGAAUGGGCAUUUGAAUGAAUCAAAAUUCAGUUUAUCAAUCUAAACCUGGACUUGCUGUGUCAAGAUCGAUUUGGUGUUCUGACCACUUUGCUCUCAUCGUGGGCCACUGAUGUCUCUGAUAAGGUAUUAAUCCGCUGCACCUGCACAAUCUCCUUUAAACUCGUCGUGCGUGUCUGACCCUGCUGAAGAUGCAGGAUGUUCUGCCCUUGUGUGCAAGGCAAGCUUUGUUUGUAAUAUAUGAACUCAGGGUAUUGCUUCUAGAAACAUGCGUAGUGCUCAUUUCUGUUCUUGAAUCCUAUUGAAUAAGCAACUUGAGGUGUGUUUACGUCCCUGUCGCAGUAACUCUUAGUCUUAAAGCGCCUUUUGAAUAAGUAAGUAGAAAAGUGGUUCAUUGUGCCUGUCAGUGAUACAACACACAAGCGACUCCCUUUCUCUGAUUUGUGUGGCCACAAAUACCUGUACGUGUUUAUUUUAGUUCUUUGUUUACUUUAGUUAUAACUUAACUGAACUUAAGCCUCAUACUUAAGCGUGCCACUGUAUAUUUGGAUUAUUUGCUGCCUCUGUAAGGAAAUAUUUGUUUUUUUCUUUUUUUUUUUGAAAAACAUUGCGUACAGAGCAGGAAGGUAAAAUAUAGCUCCGGUGGAUUGUUUCCACUAGUUAUGUAGGUUGCAUGCUGCAGAGAUCUUAUGUGAGAGACUUUUCAUAUUCCACGGAACAAUUGUAGGUUUGUGAUGAUACCUCCCGAUACAGUAUUUUCAGUGGAGAACCCCGUCUGCUCAAAGCCACGGAGAAGAUGCAUAUUUAUGUAAGUGCUGAACGCUCGCCAUGACUCAGAGAAAGAAAAUGCUGCGAGUUCAGAUCAUGUUGUGGGUGCAAACGUUUUGCGUAUCGUUUAAAAAAAAAGAAAAAAAAAAGGCGUGUCUAGUCUCUGUUUUGUCAGGUUUUUAUAGCUUUUGGCAAAGAGAAAAGAUGUUUUGCAGAAUGAACCAGGGUGCUUCUGAUGUGUUCUUCUACGUGUCAUUAUUAUUAUUAGACUGUGAUAGUUUUCUCGGAAACAAUGGCAGGCCUGCCUUAGAUUUGAGCCUUGGUGUAUUUAACAGGUCUCUGUUGAAGUGUAAUCCAAUCCACAGUAUUAUAGUCGACAAUCACAAUGCUAUGUUUGUCAGAGAAGCUGUAAAGGACAGUGUGUAUUGCAGUAUAACAGAAAAUAAGAGAAAAUAAUGUCUUUAUUUUUGUGACUUCUAUUGUGAUUUUGUAUUAUUUCUGGUUUCAUAUAGUUUCAACAUCAAACAAUGUCUGUUGUUUAAUAAAGUAAAUGACUGGUAA